AUGACCGGAUCUCAACCACGCCGCGUCAGACAUUGGCAGAAAACGACAAAAAAUGUCCAGCAGGGCACCGAAGAUGGCGAGGCAGUCGGUACUGCAGUGCCAGCCACCGUCGAAGAAGAGACCCCAUCGCGUUCUAAACUCCGAACCCUCAUGAUUACCAUCGCGUUAUAUAUGGGUCAUGUUCAUCACCGCACUAGACCAGACAGUCGUUGCGACCGCAAUACCCACCAUCACCCACGACCUGCACUCCGCAGCGGGCUACACAUGGAUAGGCGGCGCCUACUUGCUCGCGAGCGUCCUGUCCUGAGCAUCGACAUGCCUAUGCUCAUCGCUGCACGGGCGCUGCUGGGAGUUGGAUCUGGAGGGCUCAUGCAGCAUGUUGCUGUGGCAAUUGCUGAUAUGUUCAGCUUGCGCGAUAGGUCCUUUUACUUUGGCAUCAUGGGCGCUUGGGGAUCUUUCUCGAUUCUCGCCGUGGUCAUCAUGAUUUUGCUCGGCCUCAAUCUCGGCGGAGCAACAUUCCCGUGGAGCGGCUCAACUGUUAUAUGUCUCCUGGUGUUUGGUUCGGCCUCAAUUGCACUGUUUCUGUAUAGUGAGUUGCGUCUUGCCAGAUACCCGCUCAUGCCGUUGAGCGCCUUUCAGCGAGUGUCUAACAUUUCUGUCAUCAUCGUGGCCUUUGGACAUAGCAUGGUAGCAACCGGCACCGAAUUCUACUUGCCUCUGUAUUUUCAGAGCGUCCAAGAAGCGUCACCGCUUCGCAGUGGUGUCCUACUUCUUCCUUAUGUCUUGGCGGCAGCAGCAGCUGACUUUGUCGGCGGACUCAUCAUCCAUCGGACCGGCAAAUAUUUGAUUCUCCUCCAGAUGGGUUGUGUGCUCAUGACGUUGGGUACUGGUCUCUACAUUCACUUCUGGACCCAUACGCCUCUCGGUCAAAUCAUCGGGUUCCAAAUCAUUGCAGCAGUAGGCAUGGCCCUUCUUUUCCAGACGCCCAUGCUGGCUGUGCAAAACUCAGUACAUAAAUCAGAUGUCGCGUCAGCUACAUCCACUUUGUCAUUUCUUUGCAGCUUAGCAUCUUUACUAGCUGUUGUUAUUGGGGGCUCCAUAUUCCAGAACAGCAUCAACACUAGAGCUUCCGCACUGGCAGCGGCUGGCCUCAGUGGAUCUCUGCAGAACAGCCUCAACAGAGGGAACACUGCUGCAAAUGUGGAGAUCAUCAGAAACAUCACCAACUCUACACAACUUGAAGCUGUGAAAGAAGCUUACACCUAUAGUACCUGA